AUGCGGCUCUACGUGUUCGUCGCUGUUUUACCGGCUCUGAUCCAGGCUAAGUCCCUAGCCACAGGCUUAGCUAAGCUCGGACGUCGUCUUCAAAAUGCUGGCUCAGUCGAGAUCGAAGAACUUCUGGGCCGGGCUGUUCUUAGGAAACGACCGACCGGUAAGGAGAUUGAAGAGAACGAACGGCGUGAAGCCAAUUUGUGA